UCUCCGCACUGACUAUAUGGCUCCCAGAGGUAUGAUCACCGUGACAACCGCUCUCUUCUGCAUCAUACUGGGCCUACUCAUUUCAGCUCCAGCUACCUGUUCCCAAAAUAGCAAAAUCUGUUGUACAAGAUACAGAAGGAGCCCAGUGCCCAUCCAGCGGAUAAAGGGCUACAGAGAACAACCUGUCACAGAAAACUGCCGCAUCGAGGCGAUCAUUUUCUACAUGCCAGAUAAGAUUGAGGUAUGUGCAACUCAGGAGGAUGCGUGGGUGAGGAGAGCUCUGGCAUUACUCAGCUCCAAACUGCGGAGGAUGUCCAAGGCCGGCUCAGCUGCAGCGGAAGCUAAGAAGAAAAGUGGAAAUCUUUCAUUAAAUAAUGGAAGUGGAUCUUUCGUCAAUACCACAGAAAUGUUCCUAAACAACACUCAAAGUUUCUAUUAGCUAAACCAGGUUGUGGCCUUAGAGAAUUGCAGCUUAGAAAUUUAUGCUAUAAAAGUGCCAAUUUGAGAGAAGUUGAACCUACUGUAAUCAAAUCAGGUUGGUGAUAUUAUCCCUGAAAAAGUAAAGAAAUGCUUUUAGUUGCGUAAACAUAUGCAGGACCAGCUCUAAUACAACACUAUCAGGACUUAAAGGGAAGCGGAGGAGGAACAGCUUUGAGACAACUGCUGUAGAUUAAGUGCUUAGCCAUUUAACAAUGUUUUAGUGAGCAUUCGUUUUUUAAUCAUGCUUUUCUGACGACACUUUUUCUUCCCGACUGUGAAUCUGCUUAAUCAUAUUAAUCAGCUAAUAUAGAAAUUCUCAUAAACAAAUAAAUGUUCUUGACAUUA